AAUCAUAUUUAUUCACAUCAGAUUAAUGACUAAGUACACAAGGAACCCAUAAAACCUGAGGACACGCAGUACCAAGCACUGCUCCUGCUCCAUGGUCACCUUGGAGCCAAAAGAACUUGGCAGCAGUUGCAUCGGAUGAUUUCUCUAAAAUGCACUAAGAGUUAACUGUAAUAAUUUGGUUUACUAGACCAUUAGCUUUAUUUUAGGAAAGUUACUAUUUUCAUCUCAACAGAACUUGAAGGCUUGCAUCACAAUGUAUUGUGGAGCUUACCAGACACAAGGAACCAUUCUUCCAGCUCCAAAUUUCAACCCUGUUAUGGAUGCUCAGUCCCUAGGAGGAGCCCUACAGGGAAUCAGUUGUGAAAAAGACGUGCUGAUUGACAUCCUCACACAGCGCUGCAAUGCACAGCGGCUCAUGAUUGCUGAGGCAUACAGAGACAUGUAUGGCAGGGAUUUGAUGGCAGACCUGAAAGACAAUCUCUCUCAUCACUUCAAAGAAGUCAUGGUUGGCCUAAUGUACCCACCUGCAUCCUAUGAUGCCCACGAGCUCUGGCAUGCACUGAAGGGAGUAAACACAGAAGAGCAGUGUCUAAUUGACAUAUUAGCCUCAAGGUCAAAUAUGGAGAUAUUCCAGAUGAAAGAAGCCUACUUAACACAAUACAACAGUGAUCUUCAGCAAGAUAUUGAUUCUGAGACUUCUGGUCACUUCAGAGAUACUCUGAUGAACCUCGCUCAGGGAACAAGAAUGGAAGGAUAUGCAGAUCCUGCUACAGCUGCUCAGGAUGCAAUGAUUCUAUGGGAAGCCUGUCAGCAGAGAACAGGCGAACACAAAAACAUGCUGCAAAUGAUCCUGUGCAACAGGAGUUACCAGCAGUUGUGGAUGGUUUUCCAGGAGUUCCAAAGUAUCUCUGGGCAAGACCUAGUAGAUGCCAUCAAUGACUGCUACGAUGGAUAUUUUCAAGAAUUACUGGUUGCAAUAGUUCUCUGUGUCCGUGACAAGCCUUCCUACUUCGCUUACAGACUCCAUCAUGCCAUUCACGACUUUGGGUUCCACAAUAAAACAGUCAUAAGGAUUCUCAUUGCCAGGAGUGAAAUUGACUUGAUGACUAUACGACAACGAUACAAAGAGAGAUAUGGGAAAUCGCUCUUCCAUGAUAUUAAACAUUUUGCUUCAGGGCAUUAUGAGAGUGCUUUGCUUGCUAUCUGUGCUGGUGAUGUUGAAGAUUAUUAAGAAAGAAGAUGACGGAUUUUGAAGACAGUAUAAAUUGAUUUUAAGUGGAAAUUCAAGCUAUACACAACACACUGUAAUUGUGGGAGGUAUCUAAUCUACUCAGAAGAUCAGAAAAAUCAGUGCUAAACAUUUAACAAUUUUAAAUCUUUGUUUGAGACAAGAAAAAUGUAAAGAAACGUUGUCAGGAACAUGGUUUUACCCCCAAUUUCAGACUGAUGUUGCCGCUACUGUUAUUACUGUAAAUUAAUGGUAGAAUUGGUAAAAGUACUUGAUGUAAGCACACGUUUAUUAUUUAAUCAUGCAACGCUCCAAAAACUUAACACAAGGGACGUGGCGAUCCUUCAAUUCUGUUCACACCUGUUUUGAUGAGGGGAAAAAAAAACAAACACGGGAAGACGAGGCAUUUCAUGGCUUUCUGCAGAGAACUUCCACUCCAAAGGAGUAAAUCUGGAAACCUUUGCGCCUUUGUCAUUUAAAUCAUCGGAAGCCGCUCGGGGUGUGAGUUCUGAGCUGGCUCACAACCGCUAAGGCUUCCUGCCCGAAGGUUCACAGACGCUGAGGAGGACAUUUUGUGACAACUCACACCACAGCCCAGGAAGCGUAGAAUAAAGCAAUAAACCCAAAGAUAAGCUCCUUUAUAAGAUUAUCUACAGCCUAUCCGUUAAACUGCCUAGCACGU